ACGGGUCCUAAUCAUAGUAACACCACUACAAAGAUGGCCGUACAAAGGGACACGCAAGGAUAAGGAUAUUAGCGGGUUAAUUUGACAUUAUUUCAGGUUUAUUGCCCGUAUUAGUGGCACCCAAGCGGUAGCGUUGACAUCUGCUACUGCGUUUUUCUCCACGUGUAGAGGUAAAUGCAGCAUGGCCUUGGUGAGCGAGCUUUGCCGUAACGUUCGCCUCCUCGCGCUAGGGCACAUCCGCAGAUCCGGACUCCUGGGGGUAACGCGGACCCGGCGCGACCCUGCUCGGACUCUGAGUCAAACUGCACCUGAGCUGGAGCCUGACGUUAACCAUAAUGAAAACAUUAAUCCGAUAUUUGUCAACCGAAACCCCAGAAACCUGGAACAGAUGGCACUGGCCCUGAAGGACAGAGGCUGGGGCACACUCUGGCCUACAAGGCACUACUACCACAGACUGGUGUUCAGACGCUCCCAGCGUCACGUCUCUGCCGAGGUGUACUCGCGGGACUCUCAUGUGCCUGUGCUCACGUGCUCCACAAAAGAGUGGGCGUUGAAGAAGCAGCUUGGCUCCACCCACUGCGUGGCGGCAUGCCGUGCUGUGGGCGAGGUUCUGGCCCAGAGGUGCCAUGAGACCGGCAUCACCCGCGUUUUCUACCGUGAGAUCCCCUGGAUCUUCCGCUCCGACGGGAUCCAGGCCUUUUGGACAGCCAUGAAAGAUGGGGGUGUAGUCUUGAGUGAACCACGACGAAAAUACAUUUAAACAUUUUAUAUGAUGCUUAACUAUUAAACUAUACAAAAAUCUGUA